GGGAUAUCAACCUUGAUAUUCGCAAAUUUAUGAAAACUACAGGUUGUAAUAUCGCUUCAAUUUUUGAUGCGAAAUUCCCCGGAAAGCUAGAUGAUACUCUAAUAAAUAGACUAUGCAGAUCAGUAGUAUGUCAGCAUGAAUAUCACACGGAGUUUUGGUCUACAGUACCUAUAAGUGAAUGGGAUCUUGUAUCGAAACAUGCCUGUCGGUGGGAUAUUGACUAUGAUUGUACUACUGAAUUGGAUGUCAUUCUGAAAGCCGCCGUGUCACUUUCUUUUCGCUACGGUUUAAUUUUUGGAAAUGAGGACGCUGGACCUCAUAAGAUUGUGUUAUAUGCUCUCAAUAAAUCUGAUAAAAAUAUUGACAUUACUCUCAUUGAAACCUUAGCUAAUUGUUUAAAAAGCAUCAAAUCUCUUACAGAUAUCAAUGUUGUAUCUUGGAUCAAGUCACCGAAAGUUCUAACACUACUUCAAAAUCUCUCCAGAGAAUCAAAUGUCCACGUUUUCAAGAAUACCAUUAUUGUAUGUGCAUUUAUUUUCCUUCAUUUUGUAGAUUCCAAACUCGAUAUAAACCAAAAGCCUUUAGAUGAAUGUUUUCAAUUGUCAGCUUUUGGUAUAGAAGUCUUGCUUGUCAUUGCAGAAUUGACUCAGAAGUUUAAUAUAGAAUUUGACACUUUACAAAUAUCGGAAAAAUUUCAAUUCACUGUGACUAAUUUUAAUUUAUUCCCCUCAGAGCUACAAGCUAAAUUGUUAUUCUUGGUUUUCACUCGUAUUGUAAGCUCACCAUCAUCAAACAAUGAUUGGGUUUCAUUUUUAAAGUCUUUACAAAAUUUACCUGAACUGUGUGCUUCAGUAAUCAAUCUCUAUUUAAAAUCUAAUAAGAAAAUGUGUGACGAAAUGUGGAAAUUUAUUAUAAAUGAAUGGUCCCUGUCUUUGUAUAGAUGUUUAGAAAAUGCUGAAGCUGCUAAUGUACUCCGUAUUAUAAACCCAGUCUGUCUGUAUUCAGAUGCUUCACUUCAUAUAGAAUCUGGAAGUAAUUUAUUGAAGAAAAUCUUAACUAUCCUCAUGAAAAAUCCAAAUUCCUCUGAAGUAAAUGAUGUACAAAAGUAUCAUACAAGAUUGUGGGUCUUGUCAAGAAUGUUUAUUCACAGUUCGCCACCAUCGUCAAUAGUUUCAUUGUCAGAUGUAACUGAUGUAGUAGAUUAUUUGAUAUUUCAUUGUAAUUCUACCAUUUCCUAUCCAUCGAUUUCUAAACUGGAUGCCGCAUUCAACUUUUUCAAAGAGAUUUGUCUUGUAUUCUGGAAUUCAGAACAAUCAACUAUCGGUAAACUGAUGCUGAAACUCUUUGAUUCAAUUUUAACCAUUGAUAAUUCUAGAUUAUUCUCGGUGUUUUCAUUUCAUUUUAUUCAUCUUAUCCAAAAAUUAUCUUGUAAAUAUAAUUGUUCAGAAGUAUACAGUACAUUUUGGAUUUGCUUUUUCAAACUACUCUGCAAAAUACAUGAUCACUUAUUAAUUCAAUCUUCUUCUAUCUCAUCAUUUGAUGUUUUUAACAAUGAAGGAUUAUUGGAAAUAGCUGUUACAAUUUUAAAAAUUCUUAAUCAUGAAACAUUCAUAUCAUUAUGGACAAAUGAAUGUAAAUUAUUAUUUUCAAUGUUUAUUGAUAAUCUCAUGUCGGAAUAUGGUAUUGGUAGUUUUAUGAAUGAUGUUUGUUUUCGUGGACUUUCCCUGUCAACUUUUAUUAUCUUCAUAGUCUGUGAUCAUCUCACUGGUCCUGAUUCAAAUGAUCAAAUUUGUUCAUCUGGCUGGAUUUGGAAAAUGUAUAAGCAUCUUAUAAAUUUUGAUUUAAUGGAGUUGACAGAAUCAAAUGAUAUUUCUCAAAUAUUAUGGAAUAAUAUCAAAUAUCUUGAAAAAGAAUUUGAAAAAUAUCCACUCGAUCUAUGGAAACAAAUUUUAUUAUCAAUUAAAGCGAAAUGGACAAAAAAUCUUGGUGAAAAUUAUUUAUUAUCAAUGUCAACUGAGUCGAUUUUAAAUUAUUGUCCUAAUUGUAAAGAGAAUAUUCAAGAAUUAUUAAGUGAUAUAAUUAUUUCAAGUACUAGUAAUAUGAUUGCUGAUUGUACAGAAGGUUGA